GCAAGCGGCCGCGGAUUUGCCACAUCCACAUAGUCUUGAGUGGAGGGCAUUUCUGUCAUUUCAACCCAUUCCGAUGAUUCUCAUCCAAUGAUUCCAUCUCUAUUUAAACCAACUAGUUUCUUUUAAAUGAUUCCAUUGAAUUGUUUCACACAUAAAUACUCAUUUACUUAUUUUUCUUGUAUCUAACAUGGCGAGCAGGCUUAUGCAUGCACUUGUUUACGGCGGCGGUUACGUCGACGGAGCCGUGGGUUUGAAGCAUGUUGAAGUUCCAGUUCCUAGUCCAGGAAAAGAUGAACUUCUCAUAAAGGUGGAAGCUGCAAGCAUAAAUCCAGUUGAUUGGAAGAUCUAUAAUCUUAGAAAUCUGCUACGCCCCUUUCUUUCUAGAUCUCAUCCUCCCAUUCCCGGCAACGAUGUGGCGGGAGAGGUGGUGGAGGUUGGAUCUCGAGUCCAAAAAUUCAAACCCGGUGAUAAUGUUGUUACCGUUUUGAGUGUUUAUACUGCGGGUGGCUUAUCCGAGUACUGCGUGGCUAAGGAAAAAGUGACGGUUUUGAGGCCGGCGGAAGUGUCCGCUGCCGAGGGUGCGGGCCUUCCCGUUGCCGGCCUCACUGCCCUCGUAUCCCUCACGCAGUAUGCCGGGCUCAAGCUCAACAAACACGGAGACGAAAACGGGCCCCAGAAGAACAUUCUAGUAACCGCCGCUUCGGGCGGGGUCGGGCAAUACGCCGUCCAGCUGGCGAAGCUGGGUGGCGCGCACGUGACGGCCACGUGCGGGGCCCGCAACUUCGAGCUAGUGAAAGGGCUCGGAGCGGACGAGGUCCUGGACUACAAGACGGCCGAGGGGGCGGCUCUCGUUAGCCCGUCGGGCAGGAGAUACGACGCCGUGGUGCAUUGCGCGCCGACGGUUCCUUGGUCGGUUUUCGAGCCGAACCUCGCCGAAAACGGCGUCGUAAUUGACCUAAUUCCGAGUCUCGGCACUAAGUGGGCUUCUACGGUGAAGAAGAUCACUUUCUCCAAGAAGAAGUUGUUCACUUUCAUGUUGACUCCUAGUGAUGAUGAAGGUUUGAAAUUCCUAGUUGGAUUGAUGAAGGAAGGGAAGCUCAAGACGAUUAUUGACUCGAAGCAUGCUUUGAGUAAAGGUGAAGAAGGUUGGAGUAAAGGUGUUAGUGGUCAUGCAACUGGGAAGAUCGUUAUAGAGCCUUAAUUUUAAGUCAGAUUAACAUAAGUAUAAUACUACUAUUUCAAAUUUGGGAGGUCGCACAUCAAAUUCAUUUGAGAUCAUUAUUAAAUACGUUUUUCCUUUAAAUACAUCAAAGUUGGAAUCAGCUAAAAGAUUAGUGUGCGAGAGAGUAUUUAUUUCUUUGGUGAGAAUAUUUCAAAAGCAUUAAUCGAUGUCAAUUAUAUAAUUUUUUUAUGAGAUUUUAUACGUUGUGAUUCUUAA